UCUGGAGAGACCACAUCCUGUUUACUGAUCUGCAGCAGAGUUUGGUCUCUAACUACAUCUAACUACUCGACCGAAAUGCCCCCGUUUUCACUGUAAACACCGGCGAAGACCCGCUCAUAUAAAGGAACGAGCUCUCUCCUAGCAGCAUCAGUUCCUGUCAUCACGAACAACUAUGUCGUGCCGGGACAUCCAUGCCACCAACGCUUUUGCCUUCAUAAUUGCCUUCGUAUCUGUGGCUGGUAUCGCCGUGGCCGCAAUAAUCCCACAGUGGCGUGUAACGAGACUCGUCACCUAUAAUCGCAAUGCCAAGAAUAUCAGUGUGUAUGAUGGGUUGUGGGCUAAAUGCGUGAAGCAGGAUGGAUAUUCAGGAUGUUACUACUAUGACUCAGAGUGGUACUCAAAAGUGGAUCAGCUGGAUCUGCGGCUCUUGCAGUUCUGCCUCCCGGCAGGCUUGACACUUAGCUCUAUAGCCAUGCUCCUAUGCAUGGCUGGGAUGUGUAAGACCUGCUGCUGCUCAGACAAGCCGGAACCGGACAUUAAAUCCACCACAUUUUUGGUAAACAGUGCAGGCUGUCACCUGGUGGCUGGGGUUUUCUUGUUCUUGGGUGGUGCAAUACCCAUAAUACCCUCAGUGUGGUUCCUGUUUCGCACCAAGGAGAUGAACAGCACAUAUGACAAUAUUUUCUCAGAUGGUUUUGCUGUGUAUAUAUCAAUAGGCUGCUCAGGAGGACUUAUGCUGGCUGCGCUGUUCAUGUUCAUGUGGUACUGUAUGUGUAAAAAGUUGCCUUCACCCUUCUGGUUGCCCCUACCCUCCAUGUCCCCCUCUCCAUCCACCCAGCCUCUUACUGCCAAUGGAUAUCCUCCUUCUCCAGUUUACGGAGCACAGCCGUUCCCGCCGCAGGCAUAUCCUCCCACGGUGAUUGACACCCAGCCUUUUAUUGCCCCGCAGGGCUACGCACAGAGCGUGGUGGCCCCUGCUCCACCCCAGGUGUAUAUGUCUCAGGUUGCUGUGCCCGAUGGAUAUGGAUCAGAGGUAGGAGGCACCCAGGCCUACAGCUACGCUCCCUCUCAGAGCUACGCUCCCUCUCAGGGCUACGCUCCCUCUCAGGGCUAUGCAUCCAGCUAUGCAGGCCACCGCUACUCUACCCGCUCACGAAUGUCUGCCAUAGAGAUUGACAUUCCUGUGCUAACCCAGCCAGAGUGAAAGAAGAGAGACUGACAACCCUGAGAAAUAUUGAACCUCUCUGCC